AUGUCAGGACCCAGGCCUGUUGUAAUAAGUGGCCCCUCAGGGGCAGGGAAGAGCACUCUGCUGAAGAAGCUGCUGAAGGACUACAAGGGAGUUUUCGGCUUCAGCGUAUCACAUACAACAAGGGACCCACGUCCAGGAGAGGUAGAUGGCAAAGAUUACCACUUCACAAACAGGGAGGCUAUGCAGGAGGAUAUUGACAAGGGAGAAUUCAUUGAGACUGAUGAGUUUUCGGGCAACCUGUACGGAACAAGUAAGAGUGCUGUACAGGAUGUGAGGGCCAAGGGCCUCAUUUGUAUCUUGGACGUGGAUAUCGCAGGAGUGAGGCACAUCAAGGAGACUAACCUGGACCCAAUCUAUAUCUCUAUCCAGCCACCCUCUAUUGAGGUCCUGGAAGAACGUCUGAGGGGUAGAGCGACGGAGACAGAGGAGAAAAUACAGAGCUGCCUGGAAGAAGCCCGGACUGACAUGGAGGAGUGCAACGAGCCUGGAUUGUUUGACAUUGUCAUUGUCAACAGCGAUUUGGAUGAGGCCUAUGAGAAGUUGCAAAGUGUUCUUAAGGAGGAAAUAACAAAAGUUCAGGAGGUCAUCAAGUCAUAA